AUGUACGUCCCGAAUUCAAAGUGGACGUGGGCUUUCAGCCUGAUAGCCUUGACGCAAGCAUGCAUCGUCCUCGCUUUUGAAUGCUAUGCAUUCGCUCAUUUCCAAAUCCAUCUCGAGUCCACUAGCACCAACUUGACGGCCUCAAGAACGAUUCCUACAUUCUUGACCUUGUACAUUUUCGGCUUCCUCUACCAGUUGCUCCUGGUCUGGGAUGCCCUCCGGAUGAAAAACACAAUUCAAGUCAUUGGCUUGGUUAUGUAUAAUGGUGGUCUGCUUAUAUAUGGAGCAGUCCAGAUCUCGCAGAUCAAGGACGCAGUCUUCCAGUUGUCUGAAGAUGGUUCGAUACAAAUGGAGGUUUGGAAGGACACCAAGCCAUUUCUGAUCGCGAUCCCAGCCAUCAUUGGCGUCGGGACAGCUCUUCUGGCCGGCUGCGCCUGGAAGCUGUAUGACGAAUUCGCCUGGACGAUCUACAAGCGCAUUUCGGCCGACUUGAGGAUGAAGCGACGUUACCUCCAGUACCAGAUCUAUAUCGCUCUGCUGAAGUUCGACUUUUUCUUCUUCCUCGGAUUUACUGUCCAGUUUGUUGUCAUUGUCACUCAGCGCCGAGCCGAAUUCGCCUUGACUAUCGCAGCCAUACCUGUGACCAUCAUCAUCCUCCUGGCAGCCGCAUGGUUUGUGCGGAGGGAGAAUCUCGCGGGCACCAUUGGAGUCAUUAUUCUGUACUUUGGUGGUCUCGCUUACUUCAUCUUCAAAAUGGUCCGCAUGUACUCACCCUCACACGAAGGCCCGUACCUUCCAGCACGCAAAGAACUCACCAGUUUUGCCGUCUUGACCAUCAUCUCGAUCCUCCUCACCAUCACAAACGCAUGUCUAUGCGCUAGCAAUUACAACAAGGGUCUCAAACCAUAUAUCUACAAAUCUGCAAACGCCGACGAUGAGGAGAAGCCAAUCGGAAGUGCAUAUGCACAAUACGCAACAGAAAUGUCCAGUGGUUCGAAGUAUCCUCCGGCAAGACCAACAGCAAACAGAAUGGAGAUUGAUUAA